ACUGAGUGAAGACGCAGCAAAACAAGUCGCGCGCGCCGAAACGUUUUCAUUCCCCUACAACGCUCACAACACCGGGAUUUACUCUUAGUGUCUGGACUAUGAAGAGCGCUUGGAUCUUUCUGUGUGCGGUCUGCGCCUGGUAUCCAGUUCACGGAACAUAUCGACCCUCGAGCUGCACAUGUAACGGAAAGGCUCUGUACUGCGUGAGAGACUACUUGGGCCUGCGCUGUGCGAACUGCCAAGACAACACUGAAGGCAGGCACUGUGAGAGCUGUAAAGAAGGAUUCUACCACCAGAAGGCAGGAGAGAACUGCCUGCCCUGCGACUGCAAUCCUUUAGGCUCUGAGGGCAGAGGAUGUGACGAUCAGGGGCAGUGUGUGUGUAAGCGAGGUGUGCAGGGGACUCAGUGUGACCGCUGCGCUGACGGAUCUUCGAUCAAGGCCAGCGGUUGUGAGCAGCUGCAGCAGAAAACCUGUUUCUGUAACGGUCAUUCGAACGAGUGUUCCACAGCACAAGGUUACUCAGUGUUCAACAUCGUCUCAACAUUUGACCAAGGGAUGGAGGGCUGGAGAGUUGUCACCGCUCCGAGCGUGAGUCCUUCCCAGGUGCAAUACCGCUGGUCUCCAGCGCACCACAGCGUCGAGGUUGUCUCUACAGAUGUGCUGCCUGUUUACCUUUCUGCUCCAGCUCGGUAUCUAGGCAACCAGGCUUUGAGCUAUGGUCAGACGCUGUCUUUCGUCCUCUAUCUCCACCGAGGAGUUCGCUAUCCCUCCGCCUCAGACGUUGUGUUAGAAGGAGCUGGACUGAAGGUUGCUGCUCCGCUGGGAAACAUGAGGACUGUCAUCCCAUGUGGAAAGAAAAUCACCUACACUUUCAGCCUGGAUGAACAACCCAGCAGCAGAUGGAAUCCCCAGCUCUCAGCACCAGAUUUUCAGACCCUACUGAGUAACCUUACAGCCAUCAAGAUCCGAGUCACGUUCGGGGAAGAAGGACGUGGUCGUCUGGAUGACGUCACCCUAGUCUCUGCUCGUUUGGGUCCUGGCUUUCCUGCGUCCUGGGUGGAGGAGUGCCGUUGUCCUGCAGGUUACGAAGGACAGUUCUGUGAGCGAUGUGCUGCGGGCUAUAAAAGACGUUUCCCUGGACAGGGUGUUCGUAGCCAGUGCGAGCCAUGUCACUGUCAGGGAGGAAGCUGCGAUCCUGAAACAGGGGACUGCUACUCGGCUGACGAGACUCCUAAUGGACAAGCCUGUGAUACUGGGUACUACAGUGACCCUGAGGUUCCUGGAGCCUGCAAGAAGUGCACAUGCCCCAUUGGCUUCAUCUGCUCGCUCACAGCAGGGACCCUGAAUGUAAAGUGUAAAUGCCCACCUGGGACCACAGGCUCUCGGUGCCAAAAAUGCUCUGACGGUUUCUAUGGCGAUCCUCUGGGAGAGAGCGACGUUCAGAGACCCUGCCAGCGCUGCCACUGUAACGGACACUUGGACUUACAUGUCGCUGGCAACUGUGACCGCUUGACAGGGGAGUGUUUCAAAUGCACAAACCACACCACGGGCUUUCAGUGCGAGAAGUGUCUGGAAGGAUUCUUCCACAGCAAAGCCGGCUAUGGAUGCCAAGCUUGUAACUGCAACCCAAAGGGAUCGAUCGCCAGCUCCUGCAACGAGCAAGGCCAGUGCAAGUGUAAAGAGGGUUUCGAGGGGCAAAAGUGCAUCAAAUCCGUGUGCCCAUCAUGCUUCGACCCUGUUAAGAACAAGAUUGGGAAGUUUGUGAAGAAGCUGCAGCAGGUGGAAGAUCUUUUUAACAGUGUGGAGACUGAUGGUGCAGACAUCAGCGCGAUGGAGAAAGCUAUCAGAGAUGCUGAGGAAAUGGUCAAGAUGGUGGAAAGUGAAGCAGACUUACUGAUCGAGGCAGAGAAGAGUCUUCAUGACCAGCUGUUAUCCAUUAGCAGCAGUCACUUGAAGGGCGAGGGCAAAAUUCAGGACAUCUCAAAGAUCGUAAAGAGCGUUGUCCGGCAGGAGCAGCAUUAUCAGAGAGAAGUGGCUGACAUCCAGAAACUCUUUGCCGUUAUUAGGCAACAUCUGGAAAAGGCCAAGCGGGACAUCCAAUCAAUUGAACUCCCCCUGGGUGAUGCGGUACCAGGUACAAACAUCGUGUCCCAUUUGGUCCAGAAAGCAAGUGAUCUCGCUGAGAAGCACACGGGUGAGGCAGCAUCAGUGGAGGAAACAGCGAAGAACUCUCUUCUCGAAGCGGAGAAAGCUUUGGCUCUCAUGCGCACUGUCAUCAGUGGAGAAAACAAAGUCACAGAGCAAAUUAACGGCCUCAGGUCUCAGUACGAGAAAGACAUAUCCCAGGUGAAAGCCAUGGACAAGCAAGCGGAUCGUCUGAUUAAAGCGGCUGAGACGGAAAGCACACUGGCGUUGGAUAUGCUGAAACAAAUAUCUGACCUGGAGGAAAGCCUUCCAAAGGCCCCAAAGGACAUCACCAGCCUGGCUGACACACUGGAUGGUCUGAAGAAGUCAUUUCGGGGUAACGUGUCUGGGUUUCUGGAGCUGCAUAAACAGGCUGGCGAUGAUCAGAAAGAGGCAGUGGAGCUAAUGGAUCAGCUCAAAACUGCUCAGCGGGUCCAGGAUAAUCUGCUAGGUAGGGCAAAUGUUGCCAAAGCAGAUGCAGACAAAGCCCUGAAGCUCUUUAACAGUCUGGGCAGUGUGGAUGAGGCUCUGGAGAAACUCAAAGGAUUUGAAGCUCAGAUCGACAGUAGUAAGGCUUUGGCUGACGAAGCCCUUAGUAGACUGCCCAUAAUUAGCGGCAUCAUUGGGAAAGCCGUGACCAACAACGACAAGACUCAGGACAUUCUGGACCAGAUGGGAGGCUACAGUGAUUCUCUAGCCACUCUCAACAAGUUAAACAUCUCUCUGGACAAUUUAGAGAAAUUAUACAGUUCCCUGCCUUCCUCGUCAAAUCUUUUAAAAACGGCUACGAUGCUGAAGGGAGAUGUGGAAGGGCUAAAUAACCAAGUCAACUUGACCAGGAAUAAACUGACCGAAGAGAAAGCGAAUGCAGAGAGAGAGCGGGAGCUAGCUGAGGAGGUUAAUUUGGAGGCCAGUGGAGCGUAUAUUAAUGCAAAUAACACAAGAGAUGCUGUCGGAGAUGCUUUGAAGAACAUUAAUAACCUUCUAGGAUUGCUCGGUACACCAACAGCUAUAGAUGAAAAGAAGGUGACAGAUCUGGAGAACGCUAUAGCCUCAAACCGUAGACGUGUGGAGACUGAGCUCAGGCCCAGACUCAGAGAGCUGGAAGACAAAGAGGCUAAGCAAAGAGCAGCCAUCGCACGCAUGAUCAACGACAUCGACACCAUCCUGUCUGAUAUUGAUAACCUUGAGCACAUUCAGCGAACCAUUCCAGAUGGCUGCUUUAACUCACCGCCCAUCGAGAGGCCUUAGUAGCAUAAUGUAAGAAAAGGACUACAGAAAAUGCAUCAGAGACAUUUUUUAAUCAGUCACAAUUUAAUAUUUAAUGUGCUUUUUUUUUUUUUGUGAGUGUGUAUUUUUUACCGGAACGUUUGUAAGUUUGUUUGUCGCUCUUA